AUGGCAACAACUACGCGGACAUACAAUGACGCCAUCGACGCCCUCAACUCUCUCCAAACCCCCUUCGCCGUGAUCGAAGCCCGGCGCCGCGCCGGCGUCCGCCCCGAUGCCGCCUCCGUCCGCGAAAUGCGAGCCUACCUCGCCCGCCUCGGCUACACCCCGCGCGACCUCGACCGCCUCAACAUCGUCCACGUAGCCGGCACCAAAGGCAAGGGCAGCACAUGUGCCUUUGUCGAUUCCAUUCUAUCGCGCUACAGUGGUACUACUACCACGAACGGAACGAUAACUCCGCGCCGCAAAAUCGGCCUCUUCACCUCCCCCCACCUAAUCGCCGUCCGCGAACGCAUCCGCAUCGACUCCACCCCCAUUUCCGAAGCCCUCUUCGCCAAAUACUUCUUCCAAGUCUGGGACCGACUCGAGCAGAACCCGGACAUCGCCGGCGACCAGGCCGAGCCGGGAAGCAAGCCCAUCUACUCGCGCUACCUGACCCUCAUGAGCUACCACGUCUUCCUGUCCGAGGGCGUCGACGUGGCGGUGUAUGAGACGGGUAUCGGCGGGGAGUAUGACGCGACGAAUGUUGUCGAGCGGCCUGUGGCGAGCGGGAUUAGUACCCUCGGGAUUGACCAUGUGUUUGCGCUGGGGAACACGGUGGAUAAGAUUGCGUGGCAUAAGGCGGGGAUUAUGAAGCCUGGUAGUCCGGCGUUUACGAUUGAGCAGGUUCCCUCGGCCGGGGAGGUGCUGAAGGAGCGGGCUGCGGAAAAGGGGGUGGACUUGCAAGUGUUGGAUAUUGACCCGCGCCUGGAGGGGGUGAAGAUCCGGCCGGACGCGGUGUUUCAGAAAAAGAAUGCCACGUUGGGGAUUGCGCUGGCCGAAACGGCGCUGAAGAAGCUAGACCCGGGGUUUGUGCGGGAUCCCAAAGCGCUACCGCGGGAGUUUGUGGAGGGGCUGGAGCAGGUGGUCUGGCGCGGGCGGUGUGAAGUGAAGGAUGAGGGGAAUGUGAUCUGGCAUGUGGAUGGGGCGCAUACGGUGGAUAGUCUGAAGAUGGCGGCAAGGUGGUUUGUGGAGGAGUGUACGGGUAGGAAAGAGGGCGGACGUAAGGUGCUCAUUUUUAACCAGCAGGGCCGCACCGAGGCCGUUGACUUUCUGGAUGGGCUGUGUGAGACGGUGGAAAAGACGGGCAAGGGGUUUGAACAUGUUAUUUUCUGUACAAACGUCACGUAUGCGAAGACGGGGUACAAGAGAGGUAACCAACCCGUUCUUCUUUUCUUUUUUCUUUCUUCUUUUUUUUUUUUUUUUGACUUCGUCAACCGCCAACACGAUCCCAAGGACAUCGAAGAGAUGACGCAGCAGCGCAUCUUUGCUGAAAGAUGGAAGCAGCUCGAUCCGUCUGCCAACAUCCUGCUCAUUCCGACUAUUGAGGAGGCCAUUAACACGGCCCGCGAAUGUGCCAAGGAAGGCGAACCGCCGGUCCAGGCGCUCAUCACGGGGAGUUUGCAUCUGGUCGGCGGGGCGUUGGGGAUUCUCGAGAAGGCGGACGCCCUGUGA